ACUCGUGCAGGCCUUCCCAAAGCUCCAGUUGUGACUGAAGGCUUUCCCAUCCUGGCUGCGCAGGCUGGCUAGGCUAGCCUGGGUAUCCGCCGCUGAUUGUAGCGGGCUCUCUGAGCAACAGGAUUUCAAAGAAAGAAGCAGUGGCAAGAAAGAAGUCUGGGGAGAGAGGAAGAGUUCCCUGGAUCAGACUCCGCAGGUGCACACAUCCACAUCGGGUGGGCAUGAUCCGUGGGGCCAGGUCGCAGGCCUCUUAGGUAAGGAGCUAAAGGGGAAAUAAAAUAUACAGGAUGAAAAGAUGGCAAUGCUGCCUCCCCCAGGACCACAGAGCUUUGUCUACUUUACAAAACAGUCUCUUGCCCUCAUUGAACAACGCAUUUCUGAAGAAAAAGCCAAGGAACACAAAGAUGAAAAGAAAGAAGAUGAUGAAGAAGGUCCCAAGCCCAGCAGUGACUUGGAAGCUGGAAAACAGCUGCCCUUCAUCUAUGGUGAUAUUCCCCCUGGGAUGGUGUCAGAGCCCCUGGAGGACCUGGAUCCAUACUAUGCAGACAAGAAAACUUUUAUAGUAUUGAACAAAGGGAAAGCAAUCUUCCGUUUCAACGCCACACCUGCUUUGUACAUGCUGUCCCCCUUCAGUCCUCUAAGAAGAAUAUCUAUUAAGAUUUUAGUGCAUUCCUUAUUCAGCAUGCUAAUCAUGUGCACAAUUCUGACCAACUGUAUAUUCAUGACCAUGAGCAACCCUCCAGAAUGGACCAAAAAUGUAGAAUAUACUUUUACUGGGAUAUAUACUUUUGAAUCACUCAUAAAAAUCCUUGCAAGAGGCUUUUGCGUGGGAGAAUUCACCUUCCUCCGUGACCCUUGGAACUGGCUGGAUUUUAUAGUCAUUGUUUUUGCGUAUUUAACAGAAUUUGUAAACCUAGGCAAUGUUUCAGCUCUUCGAACUUUCAGAGUCUUGAGAGCUUUGAAAACUAUUUCUGUUAUCCCAGGACUGAAGACCAUCGUGGGGGCCCUGAUCCAGUCAGUGAAGAAGUUGUCUGACGUCAUGAUCCUCACUGUGUUCUGUCUCAGUGUCUUUGCAUUAAUUGGACUCCAGCUGUUCAUGGGCAACUUAAAGCAUAAAUGUUUCAGGAAGGAACUUGAAGAGAAUGAAACAUUAGACAGCAUCAUGAAUACCGUUGAGAGUGAAGAAGAACUGAAAAAAUAUUUUUAUUACUUGGAGGGAUCCAAAGAUGCUCUCCUCUGUGGCUUCAGCACAGAUUCUGGUCAGUGUCCAGAAGGGUACAACUGUGUGAAAGCUGGCAGAAACCCUGAUUACGGCUACACGAGCUUUGACACAUUCAGCUGGGCCUUCUUGGCCUUGUUUCGGCUGAUGACACAAGACUACUGGGAGAACCUUUACCAACAGACCCUGCGUGCUGCUGGCAAAACCUACAUGAUUUUCUUUGUCGUGGUGAUUUUUCUGGGCUCCUUUUACCUGAUAAACUUGAUCCUGGCUGUGGUAGCCAUGGCGUACGAGGAACAGAACCAGGCCAACAUUGAAGAAGCUAAACAGAAAGAAUUAGAAUUUCAGCAGAUGUUAGACCGACUCAAAAAAGAGCAGGAAGAAGCUGAGGCAAUCGCUGCAGCUGCUGCUGAGUACACUAGUAUUGGGAGGAGCAGGAUGAUGGGUCUCUCGGAGAGUUCUUCAGAAACCUCCAGGCUGAGCUCAAAGAGUGCCAAGGAGAGAAGAAACAGAAGAAAGAAAAAGAACCAGAAGAGGAUCUCCAGUGGUGAGGAAAAGGGCGAUGAUGAGAAACUGUCCAAGUCAGAAUCAGACGAAAGCAUCAAAAGAAAAAGCUGCCAUCUCGGGGUGGAAGGGCACCACCGUGCCCGGGAGAAGAGGCUGUCCACUCCUAACCAGUCACCACUCAGCAUUCGUGGCUCCUUGUUCUCGGCAAGGCGCAGCAGCAGAACCAGCCUCUUCAGUUUUAAGGGUCGAGGAAGAGAUCUAGGGUCUGAGACCGAAUUCGCUGAUGAUGAGCAUAGCAUUUUUGGAGACAACGAGAGCAGACGGGGUUCACUAUUUGUGCCUCACAGACCCCGGGAACGACGCAGCAGUAACAUCAGCCAGGCCAGUAGGUCCCCUCAAAUGCUGCAGGUGAACGGGAAGAUGCACAGUGCGGUGGACUGCAAUGGCGUGGUGUCGCUUGUUGAUGGACCCUCAGCCCUCAUGGUCCCCAAUGGACAGCUUCUUCCAGAGGUGAUAAUAGAUAAGGCAACUUCCGACGACAGCGGCACAACUAAUCAAAUGCGCAAAAAAAGACUCUCCAGUUCUUACUUCCUGUCAGAAGACAUGCUGAAUGAUCCGCAUCUCAGGCAAAGAGCAAUGAGCAGGGCAAGCAUUCUAACUAACACUGUAGAAGAACUUGAAGAGUCUAGACAAAAAUGUCCACCAUGGUGGUACAGAUUUGCUCACACAUUUCUAAUCUGGAAUUGCUCUCCAUAUUGGAUAAAAUUCAAAAAGUUCAUCUAUUUUAUUGUAAUGGAUCCUUUUGUAGAUCUUGCAAUUACCAUUUGCAUAGUUCUAAACACAUUAUUUAUGGCCAUGGAGCACCAUCCAAUGACUGAUGAAUUCAAAAACGUGCUUGUAGUGGGGAACCUGAUCUUUACAGGGAUCUUUGCAGCUGAAAUGGUACUGAAGUUAAUAGCCAUGGAUCCCUAUGAGUAUUUCCAAGUAGGGUGGAAUAUUUUUGACAGCCUAAUUGUGACGUUGAGUUUGGUAGAACUUUUCCUAGCAGAUGUGGAAGGAUUAUCAGUCCUGCGGUCAUUCAGAUUGCUGCGAGUCUUCAAGUUGGCAAAAUCCUGGCCCACACUGAAUAUGCUCAUUAAGAUCAUCGGUAACUCAGUGGGCGCGCUGGGCAACCUGACCCUGGUGUUGGCCAUCAUUGUCUUCAUUUUUGCCGUGGUUGGCAUGCAGCUAUUUGGAAAGAGCUACAAGGAGUGUGUCUGCAAAAUCAAUGAGGAUUGCAAACUCCCACGCUGGCACAUGAACGACUUCUUCCACUCCUUCCUGAUCGUGUUCCGUGUGCUGUGUGGAGAGUGGAUAGAGACCAUGUGGGACUGCAUGGAGGUCGCUGGCCAGACCAUGUGCCUUAUUGUUUACAUGAUGGUCAUGGUGAUUGGGAACCUCGUGGUCCUGAACCUGUUUCUGGCUUUAUUACUGAGUUCAUUUAGUUCUGACAAUCUCACAGCAAUUGAAGAAGACACUGAUGCAAACAACCUCCAGAUUGCAGUGGCCAGAAUUAAAAGAGGAAUAAAUUAUGUAAAACAGACCCUCCGUGAAUUUAUCUUAAAAUCAUUUUCAAAAAAACCAAAGGUUUCCAAGGACACAAAGCGAGCAGUAGAUCCAAACAACAAAAAAGAAAACUAUAUCUCAAACCGUACACUUGCUGAGAUGAGCAAAGAUCACAUUUUCCACAAAGAAAAGGAUAAAAUGAGUGGUUAUGGUAGCAGUAUAGACAGAAGCUUUAUGGAUGAAAAUGAUUACCAGUCCUUUAUUCACAAUCCCAGCCUCACGGUGACAGUGCCAAUUGCACCUGGGGAAUCUGAUUUGGAAAAUAUGAACACUGAAGAACUUAGCAGUGACUCGGACAGCGAGUACAGCAAGGAGAGACGGAACCGAUCAAGUUCGUCUGAGUGCAGCACAGUUGAUAACCCUCUACCAGGAGAAGGAGAAGAAGCAGAGGCCGAGCCUGUAAACUCAGAUGAGCCAGAGGCGUGUUUUACAGAUGGUUGUGUACGGAGAUUUCCAUGCUGCCAAGUUAAUGUGGACUCUGGGAAAGGGAAAGUCUGGUGGACCAUCAGGAAGACCUGCUACAGGAUAGUUGAACACAGCUGGUUUGAAAGCUUUAUUGUCCUCAUGAUCCUGCUCAGCAGUGGAGCUCUGGCUUUUGAAGAUAUAUACAUUGAAAAGAAAAAGACCAUUAAGACUAUCCUAGAGUAUGCUGACAAGAUAUUCACCUACAUCUUCAUUUUGGAAAUGCUUCUAAAAUGGGUGGCAUAUGGAUACAAAACAUAUUUCACCAAUGCCUGGUGUUGGUUGGACUUCUUAAUUGUUGAUGUAUCUCUGGUUACUUUAGUAGCUAGCACUCUUGGCUACUCAGACCUUGGCCCCAUUAAAUCCCUGAGGACACUGAGGGCUCUAAGACCCCUAAGGGCCUUGUCUAGAUUUGAAGGAAUGAGGGUGGUGGUCAAUGCACUCAUAGGAGCAAUCCCUUCCAUCAUGAAUGUGCUCCUCGUGUGUCUUAUAUUCUGGCUAAUAUUUAGCAUCAUGGGAGUCAAUCUGUUUGCUGGAAAGUUCUAUGAGUGCGUUAACAUGACAGAUGGGGCACGAUUUUCUACAGCUCAAGUUGCAAACCGUUCAGAGUGUUUUGCCCUUAUGAAUGUUAGUGGAAAUGUGCGAUGGAAAAACCUGAAAGUGAACUUUGAUAAUGUUGGGCUUGGUUACCUGUCGCUGCUGCAAGUUGCAACAUUCAAAGGAUGGAUGGAUAUUAUGUAUGCAGCUGUUGAUUCUGUUAAUGUAAAUGAACAGCCAAAAUAUGAAUACAGCCUCUACAUGUAUAUUUAUUUUGUCAUCUUUAUCAUCUUUGGGUCAUUCUUCACUUUGAACUUGUUCAUUGGUGUUAUCAUAGAUAAUUUCAACCAACAGAAGAAGAAGAUAAGCCAAGACAUCUUUAUGACAGAAGAACAGAAGAAAUACUACAAUGCAAUGAAGAAGCUGGGAUCCAAGAAACCACAAAAACCAAUUCCCAGGCCAGGGAACAAAUUCCAAGGAUGUAUAUUUGACUUGGUGACAAAUCAAGCCUUUGAUAUCACCAUCAUGGUGCUUAUUUGCCUCAACAUGGUAACCAUGAUGGUAGAAAAAGAAGGGCAAAGUGAUUACAUGACAGAUGUUUUGUAUUGGAUCAAUGUGGUCUUCAUUAUCCUGUUCACUGGGGAGUGUGUGCUGAAGCUGAUCUCCCUCAGACAUUACUACUUCACUGUGGGAUGGAACAUUUUUGAUUUUGUGGUAGUAAUCCUCUCCAUUGUAGGAAUGUUUCUGGCCGAGAUGAUAGAGAAGUACUUUGUGUCCCCUACCCUGUUCCGAGUCAUCCGCCUGGCCAGGAUUGGCCGAAUCCUUCGCCUCAUCAAAGGCGCCAAGGGGAUCCGCACGUUGCUCUUUGCUCUGAUGAUGUCCCUUCCUGCGCUGUUCAACAUCGGCCUCCUGCUUUUCCUGGUCAUGUUCAUCUAUGCCAUCUUUGGGAUGUCCAACUUUGCCUAUGUUAAAAAGGAAGCUGGAAUUAAUGACAUGUUCAACUUUGAGACCUUUGGCAAUAGCAUGAUCUGCCUGUUCCAAAUCACCACCUCUGCAGGCUGGGAUGGACUGCUGGCUCCCAUCCUCAACAGUGCACCUCCUGACUGUGACCCAAAAAAAAUUCAUCCAGGAAGUUCAGUGGAAGGAGACUGUGGGAACCCGUCUGUGGGGAUUUUCUAUUUUGUCAGCUACAUCAUCAUAUCCUUCCUUGUUGUGGUGAACAUGUACAUCGCCGUCAUCCUGGAGAACUUCAGCGUCGCCACUGAGGAAAGUACUGAACCCCUGAGUGAGGACGACUUUGAGAUGUUCUAUGAGGUCUGGGAGAAGUUCGACCCUGAUGCCACGCAGUUCAUAGAGUUCUGCAAGCUCUCUGACUUUGCGGCUGCCCUGGAUCCUCCUCUUCUCAUCGCGAAACCCAACAAAGUCCAGCUCAUUGCCAUGGAUCUGCCCAUGGUGAGCGGAGACCGCAUCCACUGCCUGGACAUCUUAUUUGCCUUUACAAAGCGGGUUUUGGGUGAGGGCGGAGAGAUGGAUUCUCUUCGUUCACAGAUGGAAGAAAGGUUUAUGUCCGCAAAUCCUUCCAAAGUGUCCUACGAACCCAUUACAACCACACUAAAAAGAAAACAAGAGGAUGUAUCUGCUACUAUCAUUCAGCGUGCUUACAGAAGGUACCGCCUUCGGCAAAACGUCAAAAAUAUAUCAAGUAUAUACAUAAAAGAUGGAGACAGGGAUGAUGACCUGCCCAAUAAAGAAGAUAUAGUUUUUGAUAAUGUUAACGAGAACUCAAGUCCAGAAAAGACAGAUGCGACUGCCUCUGCCGUCUCUCCACCUUCCUACGACAGUGUCACAAAGCCAGACCAAGAGAAAUAUGAAACAGACAAAACAGAAAAGGAAGACAAGGGGAAGGAUGGGAAAGAAAGCGAGGAAUAGAGCUUCAGUUUUGCUCUACUGUUUACAGCCUGUGAAGGUGACUCACUGGUGUUAAUAAGACUCCUCUGCGGAGGUCUAUGCCAAACUCUUUUUAUCAAAAUAUUCUCAAAGGCUGCACAGUCACUAGUUUUGAUCCAACGAGCAGAGGGCAGCACUAGCACAUGGCUAUUUUUGCUUUGGUAAAUGAUUCUGUAAGAAUUGUGACUGUAACUCUGUAGGGAAUAAUCAUUACUGCAAUCGAGGGUGAUUUAAUCAUUCAGCAAAUCGGAAAACCAUAGAGAAAGAACAUUUUCUCAUUUGCCUCCAUAUCUUUUCUCUAGAUUCUAAUUAAACAUGUACCCCAUCUCAAUAUAGAAAUUCAGGUAGACAUGCAUCCACGCACACAGACACAAAUACAAACAGGAUUAGCUAUGGUUUGGAAUUCAGUGCAAUAAAAUUCCUUAUAAAAGUAAUGGGAAUUAGUAAUGAAGGUUUUGUCAAAACAUCUUAUUAUUAGGGAGUCAGAAUCUUCAUCCUUAAAUAGAGUUCAGUUUCUAUUUUGAGGUGCUCAAACUUAUCCUACACUGCAUCAAAAGCAAUGUAUAGGUAUCUAUAAAAUGUCAUGGGAUUGAAAACAUUUGUAGACUACUUAUUUAAGAAAUCACUUGCAUUUGCAUAGAUUAGUAUUCACCUUGAUUUAUGGACAUCUUUGGAGUUUUGUGCUCACAUGAUUCUCCCACCUCAGUUGCUUAGCUCAAACUUCAAGUUCAUUGAGAACAGCUAGCCUGCUUUUCUAAUGUCCCACUUUGUAUGUACAGUAACCACAGACCUUGAAAAAUUAUUUAAAAUAUAUAUCACAUUUCCCAAUAUAAAAACAUGAAGACUAUUAACAGAAAAUUAGUUUACAAAGUUCCAUUUACUCCCAUUUAUUCAAUCCGACUUGCCCAAUAAGAUAGCUAAUGACUCAACUCUUAACACCAGUUGCCACAUUUAUCUUCUCAUGCCGUGUUGGUUUGUCAUACUUUGUCUCUGAGCAAAUUUAAUGUUUCCUUUUAAUGAAAUAUACCCUGAAAUGCAAUUAGCUACUUGAUACCCUAGCACUUGUUUGAGCAGAUGACCGGAGCACAGUAUGUACUGCAUCUCUUAAAUACAAUCCUUAAUGUAUUUGGCAGCUUCCCAAGGUACAAGGAACACCAGGCUUUUAAUACCUGCCCACCAGGUGUUUAGUAUGAAUGAAAUGGCAUUCAAAGAGUGAGCCUCAUCAGCUUGCUUGAUUACCACUAACUUCCCUAAUUGUGGAAGUGAUCCUCUGAACCUCUAUUAUUUCACCUGUAAAUAGCAUAGAUGUCACUUCCUCCUUAAUAUUCUAAUGUGUGGUGUGAAAUAUAUUUUGCACUGAUCAGUAAAAUAGCCUGGGCUCAUCAUUUUAAAAGCACAUUCAUUUAGAGCUGGCUGUAGCUACCCUACUAAGGAUUAGAAAUCUACUUUAUGCUUUUAAAGCACUUAGUAAACAUAAGUGGCCCCAACACAUUCUCUCAUAAUUUUAUUCUGACAAGGUGAAAUGAUUCUUCCAACACAUUAUCUUUUCAGAGAAAAAAAGCUGAGCUAGAUAAGUAAAAGGAGGUUUUAUUUAAAAGAUUCUGAGUGAAUUUUUAAGUAAAUGCGUAAAACAUACUUUAUCAUUUUGCUUUUCAAGUUCAAAAGUAACACAAAAGUAUUGAUAUAAUAAGCAAUCAAAAUACAUAUUCUUUAUUUCUUGCCCAGCUUAAAAAAAAAGUUUAAACAUCCCUAGAAAGAUGAAGAAACCUAUAUAGAGAAUGAGAAAUGUAAAAAUGGAGAGAAGAAACAAAGCUACAAGAACAAACAAAAACAAAGAUACAAUUUUAUGGAACUUGCUCAGAAUGUUUUCUCAUUGUGGUGCAUUGUGUAACAUCUCAUAGGAGACUCUCAUUGCACACAUUUGUCUAAGGGACCUGAGAAAUUAAGUGUAAGGCUGACAGUUCUCUACAUCUAUGUUUAAUCAUUUAACUUAGUUUGGUGGGGGUUACGUUUUAAGUUCUCUGGAAGAUUCCAAACAGUAAUCAACUAGACUUAAGCUUGUAGAAUAGGUUUGGACAGCUUAAUUGGGGAGCCACACAAAACCUUCCAUUUGUAACAAGUUUUAAUACAUUCAAUUAAGAAAUUAGUUUUCUUAAACAUAUGAAAUCAGUUUUUCAUUAUUUUGCACCCAUUAAAAAUACAACUCCAUUGUGAAUAUUUUUAUGGAUAUAGUAUAUGCAGAUGUUUGGUAUGGGUUAUCAGUGAUUUGCUAUUAAUAUUUUUACAGUGGCUGAUUUUUAUGUAAAUUUAAAAUAUAUUGGCAACUGUUUUACUCAACACACCUUUUUUAGCAUUGCAAAAAAGAACAGUUAUAAAGUUUCUUUUUUUUCUACUU